CAGUGACUUUUGUUUUUACAAGUUUGGUUGGAGAUACAGCGAAAUAGCAGAAUACAACUUUGAGUUGGGUUCCUUGAACAAAAUUGUGUGAAAAGUUCUGUUGUUACUAACACGCGAAUAUUUAGUCUGUUCAAUUGAUUGUAAAUAAACUAGUACAAAGAUGGAGCUAUCUGCAGAAGGUAAAACUCCUGAUUACAUGGCAUUGGCCGGGAUUAAGUUCAAGCUCAGUUUGCCCCAGUUAAAAGAUGACCAGCAGCUGAAGGAGCAGCUCUUGCAAGGAAUCAAGAACGGAAACAUGGCGCCUUAUUACAAAGAGGUUUGUACUGACCUCGGGUGGAAAUUCGAUCAGAAGCUAUUUGAUGAUAUGGCUAAAGAAAAUCAUGACAGGUUAAACAGAUUUGAAGAAGAUGAUUCAGAAACCCCUGUUUGGCAAGAUAGAUUGGACUACCUAUGUUCUAUCGGAGACAAAGAAGGUGCAACAGCUUUGGCUACCACAAAGUAUGAAGACUCAACACUGACCACAAACAGGCGUCUGGAUGCGGUGUUUGCUUUGUUUAGAAUUGCUUACUUCCAUGACUGUAAUGUCAAAGAAAUGGGGAAGAAUAUAAAUAAGGCUCAUGAGCUUGUUGACAAGGGCGGAGACUGGCGCUCCAGGAACAAGCUGAAGGCAUAUGAAGCCAUCUACUGCCUCGCAGUCAGAGAUUACAGCAAGGCUGCCGACUUAUUCAUUGACUGUGUGUCCACUUUCGAGUCAUAUGAAUUAGUUGAUUUUGGUACUAUCAUCCAAUACUGCGUGCUGGCUUGCGCCCUUGCUCUAGAGCGCCACGCCUUGCAGUCAGCACUGCGCCGUCAAGGAGCUGCGGUCCAGGCACUGCGCUCACGAUUCCCGGAGCUGAGGGAGCUCGUCGAGUCGCUCCAUGAAUGCCGUUACGCUGAUUUCUUGAAGAGUCUUGCUUGGGUAGAGACUCAGAUCUGCGUAGACCCAGUGUUCAGGCCGCACUACCAGCACUAUGUGCGCGAGGCCCGCAUCAAGGCUUACGUCCAGUUGCUCCGCGCGUACCGCUCGCUCAGCCUCGACAACAUUGCUGAUACCUUCGGCGUCUCCCGGGAGUUCGUUGAGGAAGAGAUCUCUAACUUCACAGCAGCUGGUCGCCUUCAAUGCCGUAUCGACGCCGUCGCCGGUUGCGUAGUAACGGGCGCUGGUCGCGGCGCCGACGCCGACCGCUCGCAGUUGUACCAGGCGACCAUACGUGAAGGAGAUUUACUCCUCAACCGUGUCAAGAAGCUAGCUAGUGUCAUCAACUUCUAAACUCCUACGUCUUAUGUGCGCUUGGUAAUUUACUUUAUAUAAUAUAAUGCUUUUAAGUAAU